UGAAAGAUAGAAGCAGUUCCUCAAAAGAAAAAUUAAAUAGUAAGAGUGAAAAACCCUCGAAUCAAAGUAGAUCUAAAUGCGGUGAAAAUAAAAGUAAACAUGAGAAACAUAAGUCUAGCAGCUCCUCGUCCUCUCACAGGAGCAGCAAGUCAAGCAGUAGUAAAUCAAAAGAAGAUAUAUACCAAAGAAAAAUAAUCAUGUAAAUAAUAGUGAGGAUAAUGAAGACGGCAUCGAUUGCGGCUCAGGUGCUAGUUUUGCUGAAGCCCUAGGAAUGUUAUAUCCAGCAAAACCUAAAAAGAAAUCCACAACUGUUAAAGAAACUCAAUCGCCCAAUUCAAUAACUAAUGAUGUAAGCCCGGCCGUCCUUCUGGCACCGAAUGCCAAGCUAGCACCACUGUCUGCUUUCGAAAUUUCGGCUUUGUCAAAAAUAUCAUCGAACUAUAAGCCAAACUCGCCGCCUAAACUACUGUCACAUUUUACUGAUGAAGAGGCCAUGAGCACCAUAAUAUCGUCUAAAAACCAAAGAACUAAAGUAUAUUCCGGUAAUAAAGUAAUGGGAAAAAUUCCAACGCUGUACGUAAUGUGUGUUCAUCUUCUACAGGAACACAUUGAUGCCCUCAAGUACACGGGCGGCGUGCCAUAUGAACUCUUGAAGCCCGUUGUAGACAAAGCAACCCCUCAGCAACUUUUUGUACUGGAACAUUUCAAUCCCUAUCUUAUGGAAGACACUGCCCAGUUAUGGCAGAAAUACUGCGAGAAGCACUUUAGGAAACAACAACGGCAUGAGAUGGAAACGUGGAGGGAAAUGUACAUUCGAUGCCAAAAAGAACAAGAACAAAUUAAAAAAUUUGACAGUGAAUAUUAAAAAAGC